AUGAUCCCAACCAUGUCCGUGUUUACAGUCGUCCACCGCGCCCUCCUCUGGAAGCGCCGAACAAGCCUAAAAGGCAAAGGCCCAGACCUGGACAUCUCCCUCGACGAAAAGAGCCCCUUUUCAGACUCCAUUCCCCACGACCAUGAGUCUGUGCAUCGUGACGUCCGCGGUGUGCAGAUAGCGGUGAGGGCCGAUGCACCAUCGCCCCCGGCAUCGGACAAUAUCCCAGAUCUUGUCUCGGAUUCGAGUUCCGGGCGGAGAUCGUGCUCUGUCAAAGCGCGGUUGAAGCGGGACCGGCUCGUUCGCGGUGUUAGUUGGGCGAGUAUUGUCCGAAGUCAGUGUCGGUGGACUGUCGAGCAGGAAAGGGAGCUUGUGCGUGCGCAGAGACAGCUGGGGAAAUGCCAGAAAGCGUGGAGCUCGGAGCAGGAGGUCUGGCUAUCAUAUGUCCAGGCUCUCAGUGAGGAAAAAGAAGCCCAUAUUGGUUUCAUGUCUAUGCGGCACAGACAGCAGGAUGAUGAACAGCAUCAGUUCCGUAAGGCGUGGAAGCGGCGGCGAUCUUCGUCGGGCGAUGACGAGGUGCAGCAGUCUGCGAUCGAGACUGCCAAUCGAUUAGGCAAACUGCGUCGUCUGCCGCGGUAUGGAUAUCCAGGGCAGCGGUUGGGCGCGACGGGAUCGACAGUGGUCGCUGUCGAGGGGUGA